UGUAGUGGAAGGUUGCUGCUCGCUCUCGUAGCACGGCUUUAUGGCAUAUGCACAUUUCUUUUCGUUUUUUUAUUUUUUACCAUUAUGAUACGUUACUCCGGUCUGUAGGCUGAAGGCGUAGAUCGAAGUGAACGACAGGAUAUAUUUAUCUGACUGCUUGGGGAAAUAUAGUCGUAGAAUAUCAUACUAAAGACUUCCACCCUGUCCAGUAUUGCUGGUGGCAGAUGUUCCAAAUGUUAAUUGUGGUCAAGUGUAAUCGAUGUGAGAAGCUCUAGUUAUAUUAAGGGGUGAUAGAGGCAAGCAGUGAAAGAAGUGAGGAACACCAUUCCGCUAUGUGCUAACCAAAGGGAAUUAAAUAAGCAAGUCCUCUCGCGCAGUCAUCAUGGAUACCAUCAAACGUUCGCCUCGUCGUAAACCGUCCUGUGGCGGCGUGGAGGUGUACGGGAAUGAGGCGGACAUGGACAGCGAGGGCGAGGAGGUGACAGCGCCCCUCGACGCCCUGGACGACGCCCAGGCGCUCCUCGACACCUGGAUCGGGGAACUGGAUCAGCUUCAAAUGGUAAGUGCCCUGGCAUCCGGGUUGCUUGGGCCGAUUGCGGCCGAUUUAUGUCUGUCUGUCUGUUAUUUUCCUCCUUCUCCACCUCUCUUCCCCCUCAUCCUCGUCGUCUUUUUCUUUCUCUUCUGUCUCUUCCCUCGACUCCGUGCAUGUCGAUUCCAGAAGAUAUUUCCUUGUUAUUUGGCGGACUCCUUUUUCUGCUCCUCUCCAUUCCGCAUUUUUCUCCUCUUCGCCGAACAAGUCUUUGGUGCGGGAGUCUUUGGUGCGGGCGUUUGAUGUCCCACAAAGCC